AUGGAAUCAUCACGCGGUUCUGCACUAUGCCCUUCCGAUGCCUCUAGCAUCUCAGCCGCUUCUGAAGGAGCAGUACCAUACAAAGAAGGUAGCGAGGAGAUCAAGCGUUCGAUAUUGAAAAUGAAAGAAAAAAUUACCAGAGGCCGUUUUCAUGAAGUACUACUUCAUGAUGAUCAGGCGCCGGCACAUGAAGUACAUGAUCAUCAUGUGGGAUCGAGUUCUACUUCUCGUCACGUGAUCUUGCUCGAUUUGAAGCAUUCCAGUACUACCGAUGAUUCCAAUGACGUCCAUACUGACACUACUCCGAAGAAGGAACUCAAUCUUUUCGGCUCCGUGAACGCUGGAACUUCUUCUUCUCAGGUCGCAGCCAACGAGCCCACGUCUGAUGGAAAGCGAUCAGAGGCGGCUAGGGUUUUUUCAUGCAACUUCUGCAAGAGGGAGUUCUCCACGUCCCAAGCCUUGGGCGGGCAUCAAAAUGCGCAUAAACAAGAGCGUGCAUUGGCUAAACGACGUCAAGGGAUGGAUGUGGGCCAUAUUCUGGGACACCAACAAUACUUUCCUUACUACUAUCCCUAUUCAAGCAGUACUAUUUCUGCACACUCUCUCUAUGGAUCUUUGAACAGAUUAUCAUCAUCUACUAGUAUUGGUGUUCGAAUGGAGUCCAUGAUUCACAAACCUUCAAGCUUCCCAUGGUCCUCCUCCUCCUCCUCCUCAUCAUCAUCAUCUGGGCAUCGAUCUUUUGAUCACCAUGGUGGCUGGACGACAAGGCCGCAGGCAAUAAUGAACUCACAGCCAUAUUCUCUUGAUAGGCUAAAGCUGGAAGGUUUUCAGGCACAUAAUGGUGCAUUUGCACUUCCUGCUGCUGCAGGAACUUCUUCAAGAUUUGAGGAAAGUGGUGCACUUGGCAAUCUUAAUGGUGGGUCGUCUAGUACUAGAUCAACCAAUAUUAAUAUCAUUGCCACUUCAAACAAUGUCAAUGAGAUCAGGCCAAGUACUAGUAAUGGCCGUGACUGCCUCCGGCGAGACGAGAAAACCGAUCAUCGUGACUCUCAGGGACUUGAUUUGUCACUAAAGCUUUAA